ACGUGCCUCCCAUGUAAAGAAUGCAACAAACUUCAUGGCUUCCACCACGUUUGGCUUUUGCUAUCCCACCAUUUCUCUUUUCAAGAUUUUCAUUUUCCACUAUUUUCCUCUCAGCGCAGAAACUGUCUCAAAGUGGCUCUUUUGGAUCUAAUUUUUCUGCUUGCCAACAGUUUCAGCUUCUGAGGAUGAUUGUUCAGUCUCAUGUUUUGAAACAGGGAAAACAAUGGCAUCUCUUGUUCCUGGAGUACUAAUCAAACUCCUUCAAAGUAUUAAUUCCAACUUAAAGGUUCGUGGGGAGUAUCGGUCCGUCCUUUUACAGGUAAUCAGCAUCGUUCCAGCUAUAUCAGGAUCGGAAUUGUGGCCCGACCAUGGGUUUUUCAUCAAGGUUUCAGAUUCUUCCCACUCGACUUACGUCUCCCUAUCUAGAGAAGAUACUGAUCUAAUCUUGAACAACAAAUUACAACUAGGCCAAUUUUUCUAUGUGGAGAAAAUGGAGCCUGGGACUCCAGUUCCUAUCUUAGUCGGCGUUAGGCCGGUUCCAGGUCGACAUCCAUUUGUGGGCAAUCCCAAGGAUUUGAUGCAAUUGCUGGAAGCAUCUGAGGGAACUCUGCAAGUUGAUCAAGAAAAUGGGGUGAAUGUGAAAUUGAAUGAGUUGCUCGAUACAAAAGAGGAAACUGCCAAAAAGAGAAUCGUGAUCAAGGAGGAGAAAACGGCUGUUGCCUCUCGAUACAUGCAGGGUUUCUUGAAGCAGAAAUCGGAAGGAAAAGAGUCGGAUCAAAGUGGUGGAGGAAAGGACAGUGAGAAUGAGAGUGGUGGAGCAGCCAAAAAAGUUGGACCUCUAAGAGGGAAGCAAAAUGAGCUUAAAGGUCAGUCACGGGCAUCAAGUCCUUCCCGGGCUCGUCCUGAUGCAUUAACACAGAAAUCAGAUACAGAUUCAUUUAGCAGCAAACCAGAUGUGACAGCUUCUAAGUUUCUGGUAGUGAAAUGCACGAAUAAACAAGAAAACAUCAACUUCAACUGUUUGCCAAAUAGCAGUAACAAAAAGCAAUCUCCUGAGGCAUUAUCCUGGUCCAAUCUGCCACCCACACUUCUUAAGCCUGGAAAGGGAAUGCUUAGAAGGGGAAACCUGGCUUCUUUGGUAGCUGCAGAAGCACAAAAAGAAGCUAAUACAGCAGCAAAUCUCGCCAAGUGCCUCAGUAUGUUCGCCGAUCUUUAUUCCUCCGCUUCUCCAGAGAACCCCCAUCUCUCUCUCUCCAAGUUCUUUACACUCCAACAACUGAUAGAAAAAGCAGAUGUAGCCAUUCCAACAAAAGAUGUAUGGGAGAAUUUACAAGUAAACUCAACACCGCAAGAAAAGGACAAGUCCAGUAAAAAAUGCGGUCCAUUGCAUCGUAGAAGUGUGAACAGAACUCUCAGGACCUCAUCAGAACUUACUGGGGCUGAUAAACUAGAAUGGUCUAAGGGAGAUGGUAUGAAAGAAAUCACGGAACUAAGAAAGAUUCUUGCAAACGAAAUGCAAUCAUGGUUUCUAAAUUUCCUUGGAGAAGCACUUGAAAUAGGCUUCCGCGGGGGUAGCCAAGAAAAGAAAGGAAAAGAGAGCGCUGCGCGAGUUGUGGAACAAAAUAACCACAUUGCAUCAACGUUGUCACAGCUAAAACAAGCAAAUGAAUGGUUAGACAAGCUAAGGAGCAACUCAAGCUCAGAGAAAAGUGAACUUCUUGAGACCAUUGAUAGAUUGAAACAGAAAGUUUAUGCCUGUUUGCUGGUUCACGUUGAUUCUGCAGCAUCAGCUUUGGAAUGUAGAAAGAUACCCUGAAGGGAAAAUGCAUCCACAAGAACAAACUGACAAAUGUUGUUACCAUCUUAAGUUGUAAAAGCUGAUUAACUUAUUCUGCUUUAUGUUUGAAGAUUUCAAAUCCCCUUAACUUAUGGUCACUUUUUAUUCAGUAAAUCACCAGCCACAUCCUUGUAACUUUGGAGAGAACCUUUAUUGUAAAGAUUGAUUUCAUUUAUGAAAAUCUGUUUUCUCUCCUGUUAUUGUCUCAUUCAAGUCAAGUGAAUUCGAAGCUAAAAGUAAUUUACCUGCACAACUUCGGUUUCCUCUGGCAACGGCCUCUUAGCUUGUCCGUACUCCUCAGGAGAGGGAUGAAGCUGGAGAGCUAGAGCACAUGCCGAAUUCUCAGAAGAGCAAUCGAGCAAUUAGGCAUGUGCCCUGCUUCUCCAGCUUCAGUCAAACCCGUCCCAUUUUCCUUUCGUCUUUUGAUUUAUCAAUGAAUUAAUAUACGAAAAGAUCUUAUGUUUCCUUUGCCUAACUACUCUAAAGCAUCACCUGAGGGACAGAAUAAUGAAAAUCUUGAGAACCAUUUGCUUUAGGAGACCUGUACUUGAAGCUAACCUUAGACAAAGUAACCUUACAUCUUAGGAAAACACAUAAAUCUACUAAGUACUUGUAUUGAGUUAAGCAAGGUUUUGAUAUGCUUUAUAUAUCAUAAACUUUGUCUCUGUUCAUCUCUGAUCGACCCCCACAAACAUGAUAUGUUGAACCCUUUUGUUGGUUGGAUCGGUAGAUAAAUUCUGGAUGUUUGC